GUCCGAUUUGAUUACAUUAUUCUACUUUUGCACUACGAGUAACUAAGAUGAAUCUCUGUGAAAGUAUAAUAUUUUUUACCAGCUUUUCCGCAAUUUUUUCAUCCGGCACCACUCAACUGACGAACGCGACUUGUGGGGGUGUGUUUACCGCAAACAAGUUUUAUCUACAAUCGCCGAAUUAUCCUCAAGAAUAUCCAAGAAAUCUGAACUGUGUCUAUGUCCUCAAGGGACCUAAUUGUCCCACCCACUACCAAUUUGACUUUAUUGAUUUUGAUUUGGAAAAUUCCGUAGGAUGUGUUAAAGACAGAUUAUUAAUUGAAAAUCAAGACGCAUUAUGUGGCAAAGAAAAGGGUCUCAAGGGUAAUAAGGGUUAUUUUGGUAUCAACGGGUCGUUGACAGUAAGAUUCAUAUCAGAUGGUGAUGGGACAGCGAGAGGCUUUCGAAUAUUGGUUACUAGAUUGGAAUGCGAGAACGAGGCGAAAAGAGAAGACAGCACGACAGAUAAUACGGAAGUUAUUGAUACAACAACAGUAAAACCAGAAUCUACUACAACAUUAUUUCGUCCACUUCACCUGCCACUACCGAAUCCAGAAGACAAUUUGCCACAAUGUUGUUUAAAUACUUUUAACUCUAGACGAUCUUUAAUAACUAGUCCCAAUUUUCCAUACACCCUCAACCAAAAACUUGACUGUAAAAUAACAAUCCAAAAGGCAACAAAAAAUAUAUGUAGACUAAAACUCUCGUUCUUGUUCUUUUGGUUGGGAUCAGCCAAUAAAAACAGUUGUCCUUAUGGAUGGUUAAGAGUUGAUGGAAAGUUUAUUUGUGGGUGUAAUCAGGAUCUGAAGCUAACAACUACGUUUGAUGGUGAAAACGUAAAAGAACUGGUCUUUAGAAGUGAAGGUGUCAAUCUAAACUCCCAAAGUGGAUUUGUUAUUGAAGUAGUCCAAGAUGAAUGCCCAACAAAAUACUACCCAGGAUACAUUCAAAAUUUACCAUCUGUAUAUAGAAACUAUAGAUUUAAUAGGCAGAAUGGAGUACAACAAUAUAAUUCAAUGAGUGUCAACAGGAAUGACGAGCAACCUUACAUAGAAACUGCAAAGCUAAUCCACGAGAAGACUGAAGAAGUUGACAAUCAAAACUUGAGUUCAAAGUUUGUACAAGGUCCAAAACUCAUAAAAAGCUUUUACCUUUUUUCAGAACCAGAUUAUAACUCUGCACCUGAACAACCUAUCGAACCAGAACCCACUACUUUUAUAGAUACUAGCACUGUAUCUGUAAUAGCAACUAGUAUAAACCACCAAGAAUGUACAUAUUGGAAUAACGUUCAAAUUAACAAGUUAUGUUAUGCCUAUGGCAACAAUUUACAAACCUGUAAAAGAACGUCUGGUAGUCACCAGCAAAAGGAUGUCUUGCCAAAGAGUAACUGUGUCGAACUGGACUAUGUUCGUGGUUAUUUAAAAAGCCCAGGAUAUCCAUUUUAUUAUCCUAAACUUUUAAAUACAUGUUACAGGUUUAAAAAGCGACCCGGAUAUUGCGGAUUACAAGUUUUUAUGGCUGAUUUUCAGUUACAAAGUAGCUAUGGAUGUUACAAGGAUUACCUUUUAGUGGAAAAUCGACACAAAUAUUGUGGAAAGAGCCUAUGUGGCCGAUAUUUAACUUUCGACUUAACAGAAAAAACGCACGAAGAUUUAGUUUUUGUGACGGACCGCUUCUUUUGUGGUCGCGGCUUUUAUGCCACGUAUGAACAACUUCCAUGCCAAACAUAUACGACUACAAAAGUACCAGAUAUAACUAUCGUACCCAUACCUACAACACCUACAACUACCCCAAGUCCAAUUUGUGAUAGAUACAUAGCCGACAGAUUAUUUAGAAUCGAGGUAAAGCAAGAUAAGGAUAGGUGCACUUUUCAAAUAAGGAAGGCUUCGCAGAAUGUGUGUAAAGUCAAUCUUUACUUUGAAACCUUUGAUCUAUUUUGUGGUUCAGAGUCUUUAGCCUUGGAUAAUAUGAUGUUGUGUGGUCAUCUUACAGGAAGGCGAAUUUCCGUAAACUUUGAUGAUUAUAAUGAGCUGGUUACUAUCGUUUAUAGAAGUAAUUUACAAAAUAAAUAUGGAGAUUUCAAAUUUCGAAUAUCUGGGGAACAGAUUAGUGAUGAUUGUUUAAUUCCAGAACCACCAGUACAACUGAAUAUAAAAUAAAAUUUGUAUUUAAUUCAUAAGUAUACCUAUUAUAAAAUAAAAUAUUUUUUAAUUUGUUUAAUAUUUUUUGUGAUAUUUAAAUAUAAAAAUAAACUUUAAUAUACCAAUCUA